AUGAGUUUUCAUGACGAUUCUCAUAUUCUAUCACAGCUUGGAAGUGAGUUGAAAUAAAUGAACAAAAUUACACAAAGUGCAUUAUAGUCCUCGAUUCGCACGAACGGAGUCCUAAAAGAGAAACAACACAGGCUGAAGCAAAAAAGUUCGUGGAUGUGAAACUGACGGCAUCCGUAUCUGACUCGGAUGACGACGAUGACGAAGAUAUGGUCUUUGACAGGGUAAUUUUUGAUUCUUACUCGCCCCGAAUGUAUUGAAAUUCUUGAAGAACAAUUUACUGUCCUCCACGAAAAGGCAAAACGCGUCUCUGGUCCGAGGGAAAACCGACAACCAAACAGUUCGAUUCAUCGUCCUUUCACUAUUAUUCCUGACAGCGGUAAAAGCCUUCAUAUCGAUAUUUUAUCUCCGGAAGUCUUCUACAGGGUCUCGUGAGCACAUCCACAAGCAUUUCCAAAUGCUCCGUGUCGCACGAAGUCUUCGCAUGUCUGUGGAUAUGCAUUGGAAUGCUCUGUGGGGCCUAUUCUGGUAAGACCAGGAAUAUCUUAACAGAGAACUAAACUCUCAGUAAUUCAGCCAAACUGACGGCUGCCAGGUCGAACCUCAUGCUCUUCCUGCUCUCCGUACUCCUCACUUUGCUCGUCAACUUGUUUCUCGCCUUCAACUUCGCAAUCCUCUUCGCCGUUCGGGGAUUUUUCGUGGGAGCGACACUGUAUGGCGGACUACUCAUUUGGUUCGCUUUAUGGAGGAGACAGCCUCGGAAGCUGCUCGUUCUGCUUUUCCUAUUCUCUACCGGCGGUCUUCUGGCGAUGACUGUCAAAACGACAGCAUUCACAGAUGCAACGAGCAGUUUGGCCGACAUGAGUAUUGUGACAAGAUCACUACAAGAGACCGUAUUGGAAAGGCUGAAAAGAGCUGUGGUCGAAGAGGUCAAAUCAAAAACUCUUCUGCCGUUCUGUAAGUGAUCAGAAUAAUUCAAACGUUUAUUUUGUCAUUUCAGCUGCAGUGGUUGACAAUUCGACGCAGGCGACGGUGAAUGUGACGGAUGAUGCCUCUAUCAAGAAGCCAGAAGUUGCCACAGGGACUGUGCAGAAGUCAAAAACCAAAACCGAAAUGAAUGCGGAAAAAGAGAAGGAAGUUGAAGAAAAAAAGAAAGGCGAGGAAGUGCCUGUGGUCGACGGAUCGUCUGGCAACGGCACUGAAGUUCUGGAAAGCACCUCGUCGAGCACUUCCACCACCACAACUACGUUUACGACUACUCUUUCUACAACGACAUCCACAACAACAACUACUACGACGACGACUACAACACUGCCUCCAACGACAACUGGAACAGUUACUGUAGAUGUGAAAACAAGAGAUAGCAAAGAGGAUUCGAAAUCGUGAGUCCUUAAAAAUAGGCGUCUUUCAUUCAUUCUCUUACUUCUCAGCCCUUCCGCGCCAAUCGAAUCGCCUGCUUUAUCUGCUAACUGUCCCACCGCCUCUCUAUUUCUCACGGGAAAUGUUGCUUCGGCUGAAGAAACGACAUCCUCUUUUGUGAAAACGUUCGUCAUUUUCUGCGUGGUCGUCUACUCACUUUCCUACAUGCUCUGCUGUCUUCCAUGCGGUCUUAAGCCCGACUCAAAAGUGAAAAAACUGGAAUCCGACUCUGUCGUCGGGCUCGGAAUGCGUCUUCGCAUAAUCAUCGCUGCUAUUCAAACGAUUAUCGGAUUCGUACAACGUAAGAGUCCUUCAAAAGAGUUCAGCCAUCAGAAAUGCGCAUUCCAGAGGUAAAACACUUCCAUUCGGCGUCGUCGCCGACCGAUUCGGAGCACAUGCUCGUUUGUGUGCUCGUCGUACUCACUUCGAUUCUGAUGCUCUUCGCGUAAGCUGUUCUUUCGUGGAACUUUCAGCAACUAUUGCUUUUCCAGCGGCAAUCGUGUCGGCAGUCUCGAGUGUGUGAUCCUUUCGUUCGCGGUCACAGUUCUCGGAGAAAUCAUUCUCCUGCUCUUCGGGUCACAGUUCGGAACCAUCGUCUCAGUUUGUGGUCUCUACGCUCUCUGGAUUUCUCUUUUCUUAGUCGUUGAGGUAUACAUUCCCUACCCAAUUUCUCUCCUGUCAUUCUCCAUUUCCAGAUCUUUCUUCAUGUCCGUUCCACUGUCCAACUAGCGUAUUUUCUUGUCGCCUGGAUCGUGGGUCGUGCCAUCGCAUGCCUUUUCGCUUUGGAAUCGGCUUUCGAGAAUCUCCAGCACGCGACGAGUCUACUUUUCGUCGUUGUCAUUGGAGUUCUCUUGUAUCAUGCAAUCAGAAUGCUCCAAAAGUCGAGGAGGUAAUUGAGAAAUCGAGAAGCCAGCAAUGGGAACAAUUAUUUCAGAUUGAAAGAGAUUCUGGACAACUCAAGUACCCCAUUGACAUCAGGAAUCACUUCUGGAGGCGGAGAGUACAUAUCGUUGACUGCGCAGGAUGUGCUCGACGACGAGGAUCUUCUAGAUGAAGAUGAAGUGAGUAUUGUAGUCAGUCUUACUUUCAAUGACCAAAUUUAUUUCAGAUGGACCGCAGUUCGAUGGAUCUUGAUUAUGAAUUGGAGCAGCUCGGCUUAGAGCCAGUCGGAUCGGGACCUCGCACCUAA